AUGCAAUCCACGGGCAUACACGCUUCUGGAGUCGCAAAUGAAGAGCAUGAGAUUUCUUUGGCAGUCGAGACUGUCAUUAUCGGGCUAUAUGGCAUACCCGGGUCUGGAAAAUCUUUUUUGCUAGAAGUUUUGAAAAGAGGUCUCGAUAAGACAUGCUUUGACUUCUACGAUGGAAGCCAAGUCAUUGCCGCCGUCACGCCAGGGGGUCUUGAAGCAUUCCAUAGUUCAAGCGAGGAAUGCAAACUCAGAUAUCGGGAGUGUGCGAUCAAAAAAAUCAGUGAAAAAGCCUGCCAAUCUGGAAAAGCAGCCAUCGUAGCUGGACAUGCCAUGCUAUGGACUGAAGGGGAGGAAUCCGGUCAAUGGGUCUGCACCUCAGCCGACCUCCAUUUCUACACACACAUUGUGUACCUGAAUGUCUCGGCCGAAGCUAUUGCGGACUUUCGACGGGAGGACCGUGAAAAAAGCCGCCCAGAUGUGUCGGUCGCGCAUUUGAGUAAGUGGCAAAGGGCCGAGAUGGGAAAGCUGCGCCACGUUUGCCGGAUUCAUGGCAUCCUCUUCACAUCAUUUUCCCUAGGCCGUGAUGACUCGAGGAAAAUGAUAUCUCUCCUCGAAGAUUUCCAUCGGCAUUCGGAGGAUCUGAACAUGCGACUUGCCAAGCAGCAGAUUGACAACGUGUUUGCUGUUGGCUCUCAACGACCGGAGACAGUGCUGCUUUUAGAUGCCGAUAAAACUCUGGCGCCACAAGAUGGCGGCAAUUUGUUCUGGAGAGAGUUGCCUCAGUGCCUGGCUGGCAAAUUAACAUCUUGCCCACUGAAAGAUCUGUUUGCAGGCCCGUUGAAAUACUCUUAUCGAUCUUUUAGGCAAGCAACACUGCUCUGUGAGGAGGCUGUUAGCGAUGGACAGUACGCCCAGCAUUGUGAAAAGGUUGCCGAUGUGAUCGAAAUGCACCAUGAAGUGCUCAACAUACUGCGCCUGAUAGAAGGGCACCCACAUAUUCGUGCAAUCGUGCUUACGUGCGGGAUACGUGCCAUUUGGGAGAAAGUCCUUGAAAGGGAGGGCUUCGAAAGAAGAAUUCCAGUGAUUGGUGGUGGUCGUCUGUUGGAUGGUAUUGUGGUGACGCCGACCCUCAAAGAAGAAUUGGUCAAACAUAUUCGGAAAAACCAUGGCGCUUAUGUCUGGGCCUUCGGCGAUAGUCCAUUAGACUUAGGGAUGCUGAAAGCUGCCCAUCAAGCAGUCGUCAUCACAGGAGAAGAGCCCCACAGAAGUCACAGCAUGGACGAUGCGCUGGCUGCAUUGAUCGAGGAGAAUGGUUUCAAACCCCGCCAGGUGAUCCUGCCAGCCCAUGCCACCCCGCGACUCGACUCGUCACGACUGCCUCUGAUCCAGCUUUCUGACAAAUUUAUCAUGGAUGAGAUAUUCCUUCGCCCUAACAAGCUCCAUGUCAUCGAUGCUACCAGUCGUCCCUCAGCGAAGCUUCUCAUGACUCCCAUGCGGGACGCAGCAGUCUCCGGAGUUGCAUUGCAAGAAGCUCAUAGCCGGGUUGGAUGGUAUCUCGCAACUGAGUGUUGCACCGAUAUCAUAGGCGUGGAAAUAUUUCCAAUUCGCCACGUUCAGGGUCACCCAACUGAUGGCCACCGCCUUCUCCAUGAAAGGAACACAUUGAUAGUGGCUCUCAUGCGUGGAGGAGCACCAAUGGCUCUGGGGGUUAGUAGAGCUUUUCCUACCGCAACCUUUCUACAUGCACGAGCCCCCCAAGAUAUUUCCCCGGAGUGCCUUGCCAGUGUGAGAACCAUUAUCCUUGUUGACUCGGUGGUCAAUAGCGGUAAAUCAGUCCUCAAAUUUGUCCAGCACAUUCGGAGGCACAAGGCCACUGUCCGCAUAUUGGUGGUUGCUGGCGUAGUGCAAUCGCAAUCUGUGACAUCGAGCCCCAUCGCCCAGGAGUUCCGCCGCUUUCAUGGCCUGUCAUUCAUUACUCUACGUCUCUCUGAAAAUAGUUUCAUCGGCAGCGGAGGAACCGAUACUGGCAACAGGCUAUUCAAUACUACCUCUAGAAUGUAA